AUGCGAGGGGUGGAAGGGAGGGAGGAGAGGAGGAGGGGGGCGGAAGCAAGGGGGGAGAGGAGGAGGGGGGGCGGAGGGGGAGAGGCGGAGGGGGAUGCGCAACAGGCGGGCAGCAAGGGGAAGGGAUUGCUGGAGCAAGAGGGGGAGGGAGAGAAGAAGCAGAAAGCGGAUAAACCACCAACUGAGCUGGUAGAGAAACCCUUGGAGGGGCCUUUAGGUUUGGGCGCAGGUGGGGGGUUGGGGCACAGGCGUAAGGGGGCGGCAGCAAGUGUGUCAGGUGGUCCGAAGGGGGGUUUGGUAGGAGGGCAAGGUGCGGACGGAUCAGGUUUGGCAGCAGGUGUUGAGGAGGGAUCCUGUGGUGGUAAUGAGGAUGGAUCAGCGGCUGCUACUGUGGAGGAGACUCAAGGGGAAGGGAGUAGAGGAGAAGGGGAGUUGGGAGCGCGUGGGGCUGAGAGCUCUGCUGGGAUUGAAGGGGAGGUUCGGGGUGAGGUGAAAGGGGAAGCAGAGGGAGAUUCGCCGGAGGCGGAAAGCAAGGAAACUGAGGUAGUCGCAAGGGAAGAAACAGAGACGCGGGAAGGGACAGGGGGAGACCGGGGGGAAGAGAGAGUGGGGGAGACAAGGGGAGAGGGCGCAGAAGAAGGGGGAGAUGCAGGGGGAGAGGCAAGGGAAGGGGGAGGGGAAGGGGAAGGGGAAGGAGCAGAGGAAGUGAAAGGGGAGGAAGGUCGGGAAGGAGGGGAAGGGAAAGAAGAAGCAGCUGCAGUUGGGGCAGGGGCAGCAGAGGCAGGGGCAGGAGCUGCAGGGGCAGCAGAGGCAGUGGCAGGGGCAGCGGCGGGGGGAGGGAGUGAAGGCGCAUGGCGGCAAUUUGACAGUGUGACCAACGCUGCUGACCAUUACUAUGCGUCCCAGACGUUCCAGCCGGGCAAUCGCAAGUGGGCCAAGGCUGUGCACAAGGACUGGGAGAUUCUCCAGACCAACCUGCCAGACUCCAUCUCUGUGCGUGUGUAUGAAGACCGAAUGGAUCUGCUGCGAGUGGCCAUAGUCGGCCCCCCUGACACCCCCUACCACCUCGGGCUCUUUUUCUUUGACAUCUGGCUUCCACCUGAUUAUCCCGCCGUGCCGCCGUCCGUGCGUUACCACUCAGGCGGCCUGAGAGUGAACCCAAACCUGUACGAGGACGGCAAGGUGUGCCUAUCGCUGCUCAACACGUGGGGAGGCAAGGGCACGGAGGUGUGGAACCCAGGCUCGUCCAUUCUGCAGGUGCUCGUGUCUAUUCAAGGCCUUGUGCUCGUGCCGCGGCCGUAUUUCAACGAGGCGGGGUACGAGAGGCAGAGGGGCAGCGCAGAGGGGGAGAGGAACGCUGAUCUUUACAAUGAGAGCGCCUUCCUCUUGUCAGCCAAAACCAUGAUCUACUCAAUUCGCAACCCUCCCAAGCACUUUGAACCUUUGGUGGCGCUGCACUUCAAGCAGCAUGCUGCUGCCAUCCUUGCUCUGUGCGACACAUACGCUCAAGGGACCAAGGUGUGUCCACUCAAGGCUGCAAGCAAGGCAAGCCCAGCUGCUGUCAAAGACACAACAAGUUCUUCUGCUAAGGACACCGCAAGCCGACCCGAUUCUGACAGCACGAGUGGCUCCAAGGGUGUUCAGCUGCAGCAGGAGGGUUCGAUUGGACAGCAGGGAGAGGCUAGGAGGCCUGCUGAUGCGGUGCAAAGCGGUGGUGGGGGUGAUGAUGGGUGUUCGGCUGGAUUCAAGAUAAUGCUGGGGAAGCUGCGGCCGCAGCUGGAAUUAGCCUUGGCACGGGUUUUGAAGGGAAAAUGA